CGGUGAGAAAUCUUUUGGACUUUUUUAGAUGAAGGUGUGGAUUGUUUUUUAAAUGUAUUUUUUUUAAGAUGAAGGUGAGGACCUCUGGUAUUUUUUAAAUGAAGGGUUAUGCAAAGUGGCACUCGCUGGUAGGCUUCGGAGGUAAUUUUUCCUUUUUACUUUUUUUUAGAUGAAGGUGAGGAUUUUUUCUAAGAUGAUUUUUUAGACGGAGGUGAGGACUCUGUAUUUUUUUUAAAUGAAAACGUGUGCGCAACUUUAUGUGAGAAAGGGCUUGGAAAAUUAUAGGCUUGUGGGCUAUAGCAAUAGUGACAUGGCUGCAGAAGUUGAUGACGGGAAGAGCACUACUGGCACUAUAUUUUUCUUAGUCGGUAACUUGGGGAUCUCAGAAGCAAAGGACGAUAGCAUUACCAUCAUCUGAAGACUGAAGCGGAAUACAUUUCUGCUACUACGGCAGCUUGUCAAGGCAUUAGGCUUGCAUGCCUGCUUAAUGAAUUGAAAAUGCAAUCAGAUGACAAGGUUACCCUCAGGGUGGACAACAAAUCAGCAACUGCAUUAUGCAAGAAUUCGGUUUAUCGCGACAGAAGCGGACCACAUCGACACAAGGUACCACUUCAUACAUGAGUGCGUGUGUGGAAGAUGGUAAAAUCGAGGUGGAGUACGUCACAACUAAAGAUGAUCGGUUAGCGGAUAUUCUCACUAAACCCCUCGGCAGACUCAAGUUCCUGAAAAUAAGAGAGCGAAUCGGCAUACAAAAUAUAUCAAAGAUAGGCAACACGAUUAGGGCGUGAAAUGUUGCAAAUAAUCAUGUUGGCUGGCAGGUGCAUCUAGCAGUGAACUGAUUGCUGGGAAUAUCUAACAUGCAUGUCGGCAGGGCACAAAUAUCUGAAGAGAAGAAAUAUCCUGAUAUAGGAAGUCGGCAAGGCUGCGUACUUACCACUUAUAGUAUUAGCUUCUAGCAAUAUGUGUGCUGGCUGUUCACGUGCAGCUCAAUGCCACCUUGUAUUCUCGAUCCUAUAUAAGGAUUGGAGUCCUCCUCGUGCAGCUGCUCCGGUCCUCUUGGUUUGAUCUCGGGACAGCUAACUACAUUUAGCUAACACUAACAAGGAGUCGAGCCCCAGCUCUAUCUAUCCCGCACCAGCAAUGCCGGCCACCAUGCCGCUAACCUUGUCGCUGCCCCGCCUCCUCCUCCUCCACCGCCGCCGCCACGCCAAGGUCCAGCAGCCGCGCUCCCUCGCGCGGCUCCGUUGCGCCCCCGACGAGGUCGCGGCCACGACCGCCGAGCAGCGGCAGGGGGAGGGGGAGGAGGAGGAGUUGGUGCUCCUCGCCUCCUACCGCACCGCCUUCAACGAGGUCAUCAUGGUCAUCGACUCGCCCUCCAACCGCUACCUCGUCCUCGACCCCACCCGCAACGUCCACAGCAUUCUCCCCAAGAAGGGCGCCUGGACCAAUUCCUACUGGGAUGAGUGUGUCAGCCUACCUACCGUUGUUCCACGCGGCCCUGUUGCACUUCUAGGUUUGGGUGCUGGGACAGCAGCACAUAUGAUGCUGGAAGUUUGGCCUUGGAUACAACUUAUCGGAUGGGAGAUUGAUCCGACGGUAAUUGAAUUGUCAAGGGAUUAUUUUGGUAUGUCCACUUUAGAGAAGACCACGGAACUAGGUGGUUCACUUUCAGUGCAUAUUGGCGAUGCACUUUCCCCAUCGGCUACAGUCGAAGGAGGAUUUGCUGGUAUUGUUGUUGAUUUAUUUGCUGAUGGAGAAGUCUUACCUCAGCUACAGGAAGUUGACACUUGGUUAGAGAUUGCGAAGAAGCUGAUGCCCGAUGGUCGAAUCAUGGUCAACUGCGGUGCGGGAGAUGCCGCCGUAUCUCUUGCUGCCGACGCGGAUGUUUCCUCCUGGGUUCAGAAUCCCACAAUCAAGGCUCUAUGCUCUGCAUUUCCAGGGCAACUAAACUGGAAGAGGCUUUCGGAGAAGGAGAGCGUAAACUACGUCGCGUUGACGGGUCCCCUUCCGGACCUGGAGGAGUGGUCAGCCUCGGUUCCGAGCGAGUUGAGCCUGAGAGUGAAACAAUGGGUGCCUUGCAAGCUCGCGUGAGGAUCGAUCCAUGUAAGUUUUCCUCUGGCUGCGCCUUGCUUGCUUCCACAACUUUGCAUGUCUCCUUCCUCCACGGUCCUUUUCUGGUGAGUAGAAGCUUCAGUCAGUCGGCAGGUGCCGCACCCUGGAGCACGCUUGAUUAUUCGAUGCACUAGUUCAUCAUGAGCCCAUCUAACUCGUUGAACUAUGUAUAUUGUUAAUGGUUGACUUGUUGCUUGUUUAAGGUGUAGUUAAGGCCAUCGAUCUGCAUUUGAAGAAGUGACAUAUCAUAUCAGCGCUCACAUGUCCGAGGAAGGAAUGGCAGUGGGGAAGGAACGAAGAUGAUAUGGAUCUGUCCGGCCCAAAUUUAUGUUCCUAGUUUGAAGAAGAGCAGAGCGAAGACCUGCCUGCAUGUUGAAUGGAACUCAUGUGUCUACUCCUGAAAUCGGGCGAGGGGAACUCCGGAACGCACCACGCUACAAUUAAUUUUUGUUAUGUCCCGCUGAUUAGUACUAUCUCCGUAUCAAAAUAUAAGAUGUUUUUGCAGCUCAAUUUAAACCGUAGAGAUGUCUUGCAUUUUGAUACCCGAGGCAGUACAUAUACCAUUCAUCACCCCAUUCCAUGUCUUAGGCAGCGUGUCGCAAAGUGACAAGUUCAUUGCCGUUGUGCAAAGGCUUUCGCUGGAGGUCGCUGUUCGUUAGUACCAUUUGCUGACGGCUACACGUUACUUCUACA